AUGAAUCUACAUCAGGUCAUAAUCCUACGUAUCCGAUUGGGAACGGGACGCGUACGGACGUGCCUGCUUUGUCUAUCACUGGAUCAUUGUGCUCGUGUGGCGAGAUCGUCAAGCUGAACAGUGAUCAACAGAGGAAGGAACACCUCCGUGGAAGGAAGCACCUAGAUGGGAUCCGGCGCACUUGUCCCACUCAAGGUCCCGCUCACGCCUCUGGUCCUGGUCCUACAUCGACGCCUAGUGCUUCCAAUGAAGGCAGACGUACGCAUAUCCCUCCGACGGCAGUACGCUGCGACAUAUGCAGCAUCCUGCUCGAAAAUAUGCAGGCAUAUGACAUGCACAUGCAAGGCGACGCACACAAGCGCCCUCUGACGGAGCUGGCCUUCCCCUCCAACAGCUCCGGGUACAUCCGCUGCCCCAUCUGCGAGCGCGACCUCCCGGCAACGCGCUGGGAAGCCCACAUCGAGACAGACCAGUAUCAUCGCAGACGCCAGCAGUACGCAGAUGUGACCGCACAGACGCAGUCGGCGCAGCUGAAUCGGAACGGCGUGUCGGUGACGGGCGGGGCGGCCGGCAUUGACUUUGGCACCGUCGAAGUUGACUCUGUGCAUGCGGUUUCUGCGGAGUGCACCUUGGAAGUGACAGUGUCCAAUGAUGUACCGGGAACCUUGAUUUCCCUUGCGCUCAUCAAGUUCUCUUCCUCCUACACGGUAACCCAGAGCUCCAG